UCCAAUUUCCUUUGAUCAAAACUCAACCACAGUAAAACAACAUUCUUCAUUACAAAUCUAAUUUCCAACGUUAUUGCAAUGAGCACUGCUGAAAAGGUUCAGCAUGUCACAAAGAAAAGUUCCGACGAACUGCUCAGGAAGUUUGCUGAAGUGGGUCACUCUAACAACGUUCCAAAGAAGAAGAAGAUCACCAAGAGGGUAGAAGCUGCCGCAGUCGCCACCGUCUUCGUCGAACGGAGGUCGCUUCUACCUCCGCCGGCCGCCACGCGAAAGACGGCGUUUCUCCGGCAGAUUGGGAUUGGAGGGGCCCACAUUUUGAGGACAAGGGAUUUCAGAAACAAGUCGCUGUUGGGAACCAUUGAGAAGACAUGGCGAAGAAGUAUAGAAGGAGCUUCGAGAGCUUUCAUGGAGAGGCACUAUCAUCGCCAUAAACGUUUGAUCAAUGAUAUUGUUUAGAAUCUCUUUCAAGGUUAACAUGUCUAUUCAUUUUUGCUCUUUUUUAUUUUUUACUUUUCCCCAACAAUUUAUUCAUUUAUUUAUUGUCUUUUUAGCUUUUGCUAACGUUCAAGAUUGGGCCGGGUCAUAUAAUUUGGGUUACCAUUUUAAGGUUUUGACCCAUGUUUGUCUUUUGUUUUAGUUUUACUAAAACAUGUCAAAUUUGAAUUUAUUUUUAAAAUUUAUAUUAGAUAGACUUUUUUUUUU